AUGAUCAAAAACUGGAAAGUGAAGUCUAUCGGAAUCAAGUUCAUCAAUGAAGCUCGUAGUAUGAUGCAAAUAAACUUGGAAGAUGUGAAGAAUUGGAUGACCAAGUUAAAGUUAAACGCACCAAGUGAAUCUGUAAAAAAGUCGAAACUCAAUCUGAAAUUUGAACGAGUUGAUGUGGAUUUAUCGGAUUCAGAGAAGUGCGCAAUUGGCAUUACACAUAAUAAAUCGGAUUGGGAUCACUACAAAAACUUGAUAGCCAACAUCAGAAAAGAGUUCCCAACAGAUGAAAUAUCAAUUCGAUUUUCUCAUUGGAUGCAAAAAAGUCAAGUGGAUAUUCAAGAAGUCUUCAAUAAUAUUGUGAAAACUGUUCACAAAGAAGAGCAAAAAGGACUGAAAGUGUUCAUUCGUUACUAUGCAGAUGUCAAAUCAUUCAGCCAUUUGAACCCAGUGACCAAUGAGGAAGAAUCAAUUGAAUUUCCUUCUUCGAUUCGAUUCAAGUCUAGACAAUUGGACUUUUCGGUAGAGAAUCAUCCAAUGCAUUUCUCAGUUCGUGGUUUAAGUGACGACGGAAAUAGUUUCAUCGAGAAAAAGAAAGUUGGAAGAAGAUGUAACAUCGUGGAUUCUCGAAACAACUGUAUCAUUCACUUGGAUGUUUUUAUUAAUGAGAAGGAUAUCACUGCAUUGAAAAGCAUGGUGAAAAGCAACCAAAUAACUUUUUUUCAAAGGCUGUAUCGCUCUGAAUAA